UCCAUUGUGUGACUACUAUACGUCCCAUUACUUUGAAUAUUUAGCAUCACACUAUCUAUUGGGAGUUAUGAUCGUUCCCACUACUAAAGUCAGUUUUUCCAGCGUAAUUAAAAGCACAUCAGUAGUUGCCAUACUUGUUAAUUUAAUUUAAGUUUUGAUCAAUUGCUAUGGUGCCGUCACAAAUUAUCAACAUUUUGGAAAUAAACAAAUAAAACCAUCACAGUUCAGGGCAAACCCUCAAAUUCGCAAACUCUCUUCAUUUUCUUUCUUUCUCUUUCUAGGAGGUCAGUGUUUGUCAAUAAUUCCGGCAACAAUGCCUGCAUCGGCAUCGUCAAACAACCGACCUCCGGACCUGCUGUGCCGAUUGAAUUCCGGUGAUGAAGAUACCAAACUGAAAGCUUUGAGAGAAGUGAAGAAUCAGAUAAUCGGAAACAAAACAAAAAAGCUUUCAUACAUCAAAUUAGGUGCUGUACCUACAGUUGUUGAUAUAUUAGGUACAGCUUCAGAUUCUGAUACGUGUCUUCUUAUUCAAUCUGCUGCUGUUAUUGGUAGUUUCUCUUGUGGUGUUGAUGUUGGUGUUAAAGCUGUUCUCGAUUCCGGUGCUUUUCCUCAUCUCUUUCGUAUAAUCUCCAAUUCAGAUGAUAAGGUUGUGGAUGCUGCUGCACGGUCCCUGCGAAUGAUUUUUCAGUCUAAACUGGCUCCAAAGUAUCAUUUUCUUGAAGAGGAAAAACUGGAGUUUCUUCUGUCUCUUUUGAAUAGUGAGAAUGAAAAUGUUACAGGGCUGGGUGCAAGUAUCAUAAGCCACUCUUGUGAGACAAGUGCGGAGCAGAUGGUAUUGUCUGAAGCUGGGGUUUUGGAGAGACUCAUUACUCUGCUAGAAGGAUCUCUAAACCUGAGGGAUGUUAGUUUAGAGUCUCUAGCAGCAAUUAUUAAGAACAACUGUGAAAUAAUUUCUAAGUUUGUGAACCUCGAUAGUGGGAGAGCUUUGAGUUUGAUAAAAGAAUUAGUGAAGGAUAGGUAUCCCCGCACUAGGCUGCUUGCAUGCAUGGUCUUAAUUGCUAUAGGUCAGUCAUCUCCUUGUCAUCUGCGAGACAUAGGAAUAAGAACCAAAUUGAUAUUGACGUUAGUAGAGCUUCUCGAAGAGUCAGAUCGAGUGGGAGAUGAAGCCCCAUUUGCGCUGGCACGAUUGAUUUCAGACAAGGAGGAUCUUCAUAAAUUAGCACUUGAAGUUGAUAUUCUCAUUAAGCUUUGCAAGUUCCUGAGUAAAGUUCCAGUGCGGGCAAAACGUUUGGAGGGAAUACUGUUGGCACUGUCGGAACUAUGUUCAAAGUUGGAAAACUGCAGGUCUCAAUUCUUGACAUUACAGGUUUUGAACUUGGUGACCGACGCUCUAAAGCAUGAUUUAGCUGAAGUGCGUACUGCAGCUUGCAUUUGCAUAAGAAGUGUUACUCGGUCAGUUAAGAAUCUGAGUGCAGGUCAUUAUUUCAAUGAAAUGACUGUGAUUCCCUUGGUUCAGCUUUUACGUGAUCCAUGUACUUCCGUUCAGGUUGCAGCUCUUGGUGCUAUUAGCAACAUAGUUGUUGAUUUUAAGAUCCGCAAGUCAACUUUCAUCCAGUGUGGAGGUGUCAAACAUCUUGUUCAGUUGUCGAAAUCUAUGGAUGCGGUUCUUAGAUUAAAUGCUGUUUUGGCAUUGAGGAAUUUGAUGUUUCUUCUGGACAAAAAUGGCAAAGAAUGUAUCCUUCUGGAGCUGACCAUAUCCACACUGGCAAGCCUGAUCUGUGACCCAGAGCCUUCUAUUCAAGAGCAAGCUUUGGCCCUUGUUCGCAAUCUGGUCGAUGGCUGUGUUGACUCAAUUGAGCAUGUGUUUUCUGAAGAUGGUUUAAUCAUAAAUUCUGUUGGAAGGCAAGUUUGGACUGCUUUGAAACCAGAAGUCUGCGUCCAGGGAAUGUAUGUUCUGAGCAAUGUCGCUGCUGGAAAUGAGUUGCACAAAGAAGCAGUAAUGCACCAUCUUCUUCAACCUGAAGCAAGUGAAUCUACCCAAUCUGUUAUAAUUAAGUUUUUGCAGGGAAGUGAUAGCCAGCUGCGCACUGCCUCUGUCUGGGGUGUUGUAAACCUUACUUAUCCUGACAGUCCCGGUGCUUCUGAUCGUUAUGAAAGACUACGUGAUGCUGGCAUAAUUUCUCAGAUUAAGAGUAUGGUUAAUGAUCCCUGCUUGGACGCCAAGUUUCGAGUAAGGACAGUUCUAGAACAGUGUAUGACUUUCCCCAGCAGCUCAGCGUGACAGCAAAAAAGCUGCUUUUAUUUUUUGGACAGAAGCGGCAGAGACAUUUUUCAAAUGGAGUUGAUUCUUUGCUCUUCACUGUAACCUUUUUUAAGAAUAGCACCAAGUACUUCAUUGGCCCUAAAAGAAAACGGUGUGUAUCUAUACUUAUUUCGUUAGUGAUGGGAUCAAAUGACCCACGGAUGUGGGGCCUUCAUGGGUAUGAACUGCAGACUUCUUAUGAGGGCAAUGCCCUCAAAGCUGGCUUUAUAACAGCCAACUGUAGGCAUAUUUUGUUACGUUUUGAAAGCGGAAGGAUUCAAGUUGAAUAUGAGAUUUCCAAGGGGAUUUCCUCAGAGGAAUUGGCAUACAUCUGCAGGACCCACAAUGGUAACUCAGAGAUGGGUCAUUUUUAUCCCGUUCUCGUUUUGUUGUAAGAAACAAAGAUAAAAGGAAGUGCUUACUGCUUACUCAAACAAUUGAAGGGAAUAUAAAGACUGAUAGGAUCUUGGUAAUUUAAGUUUUUAACUUUUCAGUAUGCAGGUAAGAAAGCUGUUUGGUUUCUCACUGAAGGGCUUUAUGUUUUUCUUUUUGGGUGCAAUAUAGUUAUCCCUGAUAUAGUGAAAAAUAAAUCAGUUCGGUAAAUCUAUGCAAGGAUGUUAUUGUAUUGUAUGAAUUUUUUGUUGUAAAUGUAAUACAAACCCAUGCUUUCUCAA